AAUAUAGGCUUUUCACUCUCUCUCUCCCCCAUGGUUUGACUUUCACUGUAGGUAACUCCGACAUCGUUCUCGGCGAUGGAUUCUCGAAACGACGAGGAGGCGCCGUUGGUGUUGGUCUCUGGUGAGGAUCGGAAAGUAAGAGCUGGGAAGAGCUACACAAGAGAUGUUCAUAUGCUUAGUAUCUCCUUUUUGUUAAUCUUCCUCGCCUUCGGUGCCGCUCAGAACCUCGAAACGACUAUUAAUAAGGAUUUGGGAACAAUCUCUCUAGGGAUAUUGUACGUGUCCUUCAUGUUUUGCUCCAUGGUUGCUUCUUUGGUUGUCCGCUUAAUGGGAUCAAAGAAUGCUCUUAUUUUAGGAACUUCAGGGUAUUGGCUCUUCGUUGCCGCUAAUCUGAAGCCAUCAUGGAUCACUAUGGUGCCAGCCUCUUUAUACCUUGGAUUUGCAGCUUCCAUAAUAUGGGUUGGCCAGGGAACAUACCUUACAUCAAUUGCGAGAAGUCAUGCUAAAGAUCAUAAUGUGCAUGAAGGAUCAAUAAUUGGUGUCUUCAAUGGAGAGUUUUGGGCUGUCUUUGCCUGCCACCAGCUGUUUGGGAAUCUCAUUACACUUACAUUGCUCAAAGAUGGAAAGGAAGGAAGCACAACCUUAUUGUUGUUGGUGUUCCUCCUCAUUAUGACAUUUGGAACUAUACUAAUGUUCUUCAUUAGAAAAAUUGACGGAGAAGAUGGAAAAGAACCUGUGGGUUCUUCUAUGGGCUUAGUUGAUUCCUUGGUUUCUCUUCCAAGGAUGAUAAUCACUCCUUUGCUCGACGUACGGAUGCUACUGAUUGUCCCACUCCUUGCAUACUCAGGACUACAACAAGCAUUUGUUUGGGCUGAGUUUACAAAGGAAAUAGUCACACCUGCGAUUGGUGUCUCAGGUGUUGGCGGGGCAAUGGCUGUCUACGGAGCUCUUGACGCAGUUUGUUCAAUAACCGCUGGACGGUUUACCUCUGGUCUGUCAUCAAUCACCUUCAUAGUUUCUGGUGGAGCUGUUGCUCAAGCUUCUGUGUUUCUCUGGCUUCUUCUUGGUUACAGGACAACUAGCGGAGUACUUGGCACAGUUUACCCACUUGUAAUGGCGGCUGUGUUAGGCAUCGGUGAUGGAAUAUUAAACACUCAAAUCAGUGCUCUUCUCGCGUUACUCUUCAAACAUGACACGGAAGGAGCGUUUGCGCAGCUAAAAGUAUGGCAAAGCGCAUCGAUAGCGAUUGUGUUCUUCCUAAGCCCAUAUAUAUCAUUGCAAGCCAUGGUCAUUGUGAUGCUUGUUAUGGUCUGUGUUUCUCUCCUCUCUUUCUUGGUUUUAGCUCUUAAAGUCGAGAGUGUGUUUACACGCGACGAAUGAUGAUGCUUUUGAUUUGUUCACGUCCUAAGACAAACUCAAGCUAAAAAAACACUAUCCCCAAUUCAACUGUAAAGAACUCUACUUGUUUUUGUAAUUUGUGCAAUAAAUAUUCUCUGUAGUUUCCACCA